GGACUGGGGCCUCAGCUGCCCAGGAGGCCCUGUGCCGUGGUGAUGGACCAUCUUUCUCCCUUCUGCCCUGUAGACUGUGCCUGAUGGACACCUGGUGUAGACAAUGAGGGAAGAACUCGCCUCCCACACCCAAGAGGUGACCCCAGAGCAAGGCCCAGAUGACCCUGCGUGCCGGGACGAUGCGGCUGGCCUGCAUGUUUUCAUCCAUCCUGCUGUUCGGAGCCGCGGCCCUCCUCCUCUUCAUCAGCCUGCAGGACUCCACGGAGCUCACCCCCCAGCAGGUGCCAGGAGUAAAGUUCAACAUCAGGCUACAGCAGCCGCGCGACGACUUCCCGCCAGGCAGUUCCCAGGAUGGUGUGUUUAAGGCGCCCACAGAGAGGGUCGCCCGAGACGUGUCCAGCCGGGCACCCAGAGGCCUCCGCCUACCGGGGCCUGACGCACCUCAAGGCCGCCCAAACCUGGGGGCCCGUCUGCGGCCCCGGCAGCGCCGCCGCCGGCUGCUGAUCAAGAAAAUGCCCGCCGCGGCGGCCAUCCCGGCCAACAGCUCGGCCGGCUCCGCGGCCCGGCCAGCACCGCCGGCCCCGGACGGCCGCUGGGUCAGCCUGCACCAGAGGCAGCAGGAGCGCAAGCGGGUGAUGGGGGAGGCGUGCGCCAAGUACCGCGCCAGCAGCAGCCGCAGGGCGGUCACGCCCCGCCACGUGUCCCGCAUCUUCGUGGAGGACCGCCACCGCGUGCUGUACUGCGAGGUCCCCAAAGCGGGCUGCUCCAACUGGAAGCGGGUGCUCAUGGUGCUGGCCGGGCUGGCCUCGUCCACCGCCGACCUCCAGCACAACACCGUGCACUACGGCGGCGCCCUCAAGCGGCUGGACACCUUCGACCGCCAGGGCAUCCUGCACCGCCUCAGCACCUACACCAAGAUGCUCUUUGUCCGCGAGCCCUUCGAGAGGCUGGUCUCCGCCUUCCGCGACAAGUUCGAGCACCCCAACAGCUACUAUCACCCUGUCUUCGGCAAGGCCAUCCUGGCCCGGUACCGGGCCAACGCCUCUGGGGAAGCCCUGCGGACGGGCUCUGGCGUGCGCUUCCCCGAGUUCGUCCAGUACCUGCUGGACGUGCACCGGCCGGUGGGCAUGGACAUCCACUGGGACCACGUCAGCCGGCUCUGCAGCCCCUGCCUCAUCGACUAUGACUUUGUGGGCAAGUUCGAGAGCAUGGAGGACGAUGCCAACUUCUUCCUGAGCCUCAUCCACGCCCCGCGCAACCUGACCUUCCCCCAGUUCAAGGACCGGCACUCGCAGGAGGCACGGACUACCGCGGGCAUCACCCACCGGUACUUCGCGCAGCUCUCGGCCCCGCAGCGGCAGCGCGCCUACGACUUCUACUACAUGGACUACCUGAUGUUCAACUACUCCAAGCCCUUCGCUGACCUGUACUGAGGGCCUGGCGGCUGCCCGUGGGCACCCUGCCCACCACUCACCUGUCCGAGGGGCAUGUUUCCUUAGCCAGGAGCCGAGAUGUACCCAGAACAACUGGGCUCCGAGGACGUGAGGAGCUGUGGCUGCUGCAGGCCCUGGUGGGGACAGAGGCCCAGGCCUUGGGUGGGGACCCUGGCCCAAGCCUCAUAGCCACUUCCUUCUUGGCUGAGGAAGGUAUGGAGGGGUGUGAGCUGGACACCCAGGAGUCCCAGCUGCCCACACCUGGCUCAGCCAGGAGUCAGGAUGCCCAGGGAAGCCUGAGGCCCGAGGAUGAGGGCCGGGUGGUAAGGGAUCUCCUGCAGUCCCUCCGCCAUUGCCUUGUACCAAACCACAUGGUUUGCAGCUUUUCUAUGACCCAGGAGGCGGUUCCAAAUAAAGCACAUGGUUUCCAGAACA